AAUCAUUUCCCUCGGAAAAAUAAAAAUCCAAAUCUCCAAUUCCUCGACUGCCGUUAGGGUUUUCUAUUCUCGUCUCGUUUCCAGAUUCCACCUCGUCUCGGGUAACUGUGGAAGGAAUCAAUCAUGAGGAGGAAUGUAAAGCGAGAAUCUGAAGCAUCCGGCGAGGGGAGAGAUGUCGACGAGUCGGGGCGGUUUAGGUUUGUGAAGAAGGAGAAACAGAGGAACAAGGGCGGCGUAGAAGUAGAUGACUCCGUCCCAAUCGACGAGCCUCCGACUCAGCAAGAAGAGCAAGGGAUUUCUGAUCGGAGGAUUCUCAGAUCUCAGUAUCUCUCUCUUAUCCACAAAAUCACCGAUUCUAAAGAUGAUUUGACGAGAGUUGAUUCUGACAAAUUCUCCAGAAUUUUCACUGAAUUUGAGACUCUGCACCAGAAAGUUCAGAAGCCAAGAGAGCAAGUUGCAGAUGCAGAGGCGUUUCUUGAUAUAGCAAACACCAUUAUGUCUUCGCUCAAGUCUCACUCUUCUAGCGGGGUUUCUCCGGCUGAGUUUGUUAAUGCUUUGGUCAAUACGUUUGGUCAGACUUCUUUAGGAGUUGAUGAUGGUGCUCCUGCAUCUAUGAAAUGGAAGGAUCUUGGUCUUGCGGUCUGUUCUACUGUUCUCGUAUCGUGUGGUUGUUCCACUAUGUUGGGACCUAUGGACACUGAACUCAAGGAAAGGAAAAGGGCAGUCUACACUAAGCGUACAAAGCCUGGUGAAGGCGUUCGUCCUGAUGAGGUGGAUGAUACACAAUCAGAAGAGAAAACGGAUACAGACAAGAAUAUGGCGAUAAUGUUCAACAUCUUAGGGCAAAAGAAGCGCGUGAGGCUUGAAAGCUUGGUGCUUAACAGAAGAUCAUUUGCUCAGACUGUAGAGAACUUGUUCGCUCUAUCUUUCUUGGCCAAAGAUGGACGAGUAGAGAUCAUUGUUGAUAAGAAUGGUUCUCAUUUUGCAUUGCCAAGAAACGCACCCGCUGCAAACCUUGUGAUGUCGGGGGAAGUCAUCUAUAACCAUUUUGUGUUUAGAUUUGAUUUCAAAGACUGGAAGCUGAUGUCUGAAAUGGUGCCGGUGGGCGAAGAGCUAAUGCCACACAGAGAGACUGAUGUCGCUUCAUCUUAUCGUCCCUCUGCAUCAGCAGACUUCCCACAAGAUUCUCAGACAACGCCAAUAAGAAAACUCUCGAGAAACCGAGGUUUGGUUGUACAAGAAGACUCUGUUGUUGAAGAUUCUCCUGACGUCGAGGGGGAUGGAACACGCAGGAGAUUAAAGCGGAGACUCGCUUGAGAAGAUGAGUCGUCUCGUUGUAUGUAGUAUAUAAGAGUAGAGUGUUAAAAACUCCUGAUGCUGUAUGGUUUUGUGACAUUAACUUUUAUGUGAUUGUUUUGUUCAUGGUAGGAGAGUGUUAGCAUCUAA